CCUGUUUGAACCGCAGCUGUCCGCCAGCGAGCAGCGACCCACCAGCGAAGUAUCGCGAGAGUCCGAGGCAGCGAGCGAGAACAACGGGCUCCAGGCAAGCAAAUAGCAAUAUUCCCAUUUAGCAACAACAACGACCCUUUAUUGCGAAAAAUGAUCAUUCUGUUCCGCGCACUGGAAGAAUGACAAAACUUGUGCCAAGUUUCCCCGCGCGGACACGGACGAAAACACCGGGCUGUUCUAUGCAGGAUGUGGACACGUCCCUCUGGAUGUCCCACACUCGGUGAAGACGAAACAGACCGUGUGAAUCUCAAACCCGGUCCUUCUGAGCCCCCACUCUAGAAGAGUUUCAGAAAUCACCAAAUAAUGUAGCUCUGUGACCUUAGUUACACCCCCCCUCACCCCCAGCCCCCCGCCCCCUCCUCGUUCUCCGGGUCCAGUACAUUUCAAGUGUCCGCUGUCGGUGGGGCCGUAUGUAAAUUAUUAGACUGAUGUGCCGUGUUUGCCCUCUGCCCCCCCCGCCCCUCCCAGCUGUCCUCUGUUUGAAGUGAUCUGAUCCACCAAUCGAGUCCCUCAGGAUGAACGGCUCUCUCUUGACCCCGCCCAGCCCACGAGCGGCCAGCUCCUCUCCCUUACCCCCCUCCCCGUCCCCGUCCCCUCCGUCUCCCUCCAUGCUGCCCAUGUGCCCCCGCCCCCCACCGCUGCCCCCUCUAGUGAGCCCCCCUCUGCAGGGCCACCCGUCCUCCCUCUCAGACACUCCCACACCGUCCCCCUCUCCCUGCCUGAGCUGGACUGAGUUCUGCGAGCUCCACGCCCGCGUGGCCGCCGGAGACUUUGCGCGCCACUACCGGGCCUUCCUCCUGGAGAACCCCCACUACUCCCCCGACUCGGCCACCGCCUUCUGCCGCCGCUUCACCGACCGCUUUGUCCGCCACUUCCAAAGCGAGCUGGAGGGGGCGCUGCCGGCCAGCUGCGCCUCCGCCGGGGAUGACAUGGUGAGCUGGGCUCCCCAGUUGGACGCCACCUCCCUGGAAGAGGAGGCGGUCUCGCCGCUGUCGGCGUCCGGAGGCGCCGUCCUCUCGUGCCCCCCGACCGGUGUUGCUCGGGCGCCAUCAAAGCCGGCGCCCACGCGGUUGGUGUUGGAGAACCGCUGCGGGGACAGUUUUCAAGACUCCUACGCCCACGGCCAAGUCCUGCCCCCGUCCUCUUCCUCGUCGUGUUGCUCCUCGGUGGGGGGGAACAACGGCAGGCGCGAGGAGAGGAGCGCUGUGGUCGCCGCUGGGAAUGGAGAAGCGCCAGUGGAGGAGGAGGAGGAGGACAGCUGGUUGGGCGUGGCGUCCGUCGGCGAGGACGUCGAGCAGGACGAGCAGGAAGAGGAGUCGGCGGAGGUGGAUGACCCCGCCUACACCUCCCAGAUUCCUCCCUCCUCUUCCUCCCCCCCGCCGGACGCCAGGGGCAACGGCACGCCCAACUCCUCCAAGAACAAGCUGAAGAAGCGCUUCUCCCUGCGCAGCGUGGGGCGCAGCGUGCGCGGCAGCGUGCGCGGCAUCCUGCACUGGCGCAGCUCGUCCAGCGACUCGGGCCAGAGCCCGCUGCCCUCCAGCUGCAGCUACACCAUGGGCGUGCAGGACGCCGCCAUGGUCUCCGCCCCCAAGAGAAACUCUGCCACGCAGCCCCCCACGCCCACUUCCUCCUCCAUGCCUGUCUCCCUGUCCAUGCCCCUCUCCCUGCCGCACUCCUCCUCCUCCUCGCUGCCGCCCUCGUCCUCCAGCAGCGCCACCUCCCUCUCUCUCUCUGAGGCCGCCCGGGACCGCCGGCGGAGCAACGGCGAGGGCGGCGAGAAGGAGAAGUGGAGCCAUCGCCUGGAGAAACUCCGGCUGUCGCGAUCCCCCCCCCCCGCCCUCACCCUGACCGCUGGUGGGCCUCACUCCUCCACGCUGCCGCCAAGCAGUGCCGGCGCCUGCGUCGCGGGACCCCCGAGGAAGGUGGGCCGGCUGGUGAGGGAGGGGGGGGUGAGCGUCAGCUCGUCCACCGACGAGUUCACAGGAAGCCACGGCUUCUCGGGCUUCUCCUUCGGGCUCCUGCACCACGGGGCGGACAGCAGCAGCACCUCCUCGCCGGGGGUAGGCGGGCUGGUGCAGCCGCUCUCCGGCGGGGGGAGCGCCCUCUGGAGGGGGGGGCGCUGGCACAAGUGUCGCCUGGUCCUCAAGGAGAGAGACCGAGAGGGGGGAGAGAGGGGGGAGGAGUACUACCUGGAGUUCUUCAUUCCACCCAAAUCGUCGAAGCCUCGGCUGACCGUCCCCUGCUGCUCCAUGGUGGACGUGAGGAGCACUACGGCGCAGGAGGUGCCCGACAAGGAGAACACCUUCCUCAUGCAGCUGGAGGGCACGGCUCAGUACGUAAUUGAGACUCGCGACGCGGUUCAGAUGAGAGCCUGGCUGAGCGACAUCCGGAACGGCAUCUGUCUCAGUGAACAGGAGGACGCUGAAGGAGUGUCCUUGGGGCCGCUGGACAUCAGCGGUACGCCAGAUACUGUCGACCGUCUCUCACAAGUAUGCUACGGAGGCAUCGGAGGCUCCUCCCCUCUGAUGGAUCCCCUCCCACCGGAGCUGCCACCUCGAGCGCCGCUCGACGAACCGGACGGACGGAUCCUCGGCGGCGGCGGCCUCGGGACGCCUUUCGCUGAGACGCCAGAUGCCACGGGCUCCUUCCUGUUCUCGGAUGUGGCCCCCGCUGAAGCAGUGGAACACCCGCUCAGCGAGUGCCAGUGGUUCCACGGCACCCUGUCCCGCCUCAAAGCCGCCCAGCUGGUGCUGGCCGGAGGCCCAGCGAGCCACGGCGUCUUCCUGGUUCGCCAGAGUGAGACACGGCGCGGAGAAUACGUCCUGACCUUCAACUUCCAGGGAAAGGCCAAGCACCUGCGUUUGUCCCUGAACGAGGACGGUCAAUGCAGAGUGCAGCACCUCUGGUUCCAGUCUAUCUUCGACAUGUUGGAGCACUUCAGGGUGCACCCGAUCCCCCUGGAGUCCGGCGGCGCCUCCGACGUCACGCUCAUCAGCUUUGUGGGCGCCACCGCGGUCCGGCAGCCAGACUUGACCAGCAGACCCCGUAGUCCCCCUCAGCCUCCGCCCCCCCCGCUGCCACCGUGCCGGCCACCGCCCCCCACUCCUCCCCAGGAGCAAGAAGAUGAGGCGGCGGGAGGUGGGACAGACGCAACCACGACGGUAACCGUGACAACAAGAGGAGGAGGAGAAGAAGGAGCAGCAGCAGGGGGAGGAGGAGGAGGAGGGGGAGGGGGGGGGAGUAGCGGAGGAGGUAGUGGAGGGGGCGAAGAAGACUGGGAGGAGAGAGACAGGGACACGCCUCUACGGCAACUAGAAGCUGUGGAGGGAGAAGAGAGGGAGGGGGCGAGGGCGCCACGAGCCAUCGACAACCAGUACUCCUUCUUCUGACUUUUAUAUAUAUAUAUACACAUAUAUAUGUAUAUAUAUAUAUAUAUAUACAUAUAUAUGUAUAUAUAUAUAUAUAUAUAAGUAUAAAGAGAGAGGGAGAGGUAGAGAGAGCGCACUAACUAACUAACUAACUAACUAACUAGCGGUACAUUUCUUGUUCUUUUAGUAAGCGUUUUGUUUCUUUUGUUGACUCAGCGAGUUUGUUGUUGACCUCGCUGACCUCUGAUACCUCAACCACGCGGUCCAAACCUUCUAUCCACAGAACUACGGCGGCCCACAUACUAAAUAACUAUAGAUUUCUUCCUUGUGUUUGCGACGUAAAAAUAGAAACAAAAAGGUUUAGUUGCUAAUAAAACGUUUCUGUUACAACAUCAGAAGAAUCAAACCAAUGUUGAUUUUCUUUCACCUUUCGUCCAAAAGAUCGUUUGAACUGCUCUGAAGUCACUUUAAACCGUCAAAAUGGAUCCAACCUACAUCGGUUAUUUUAAUGAAAACACACAAUGAAAAUAACUAAACAUUUUUAUUGUCACUAUUAUAUUAAAGGUGUUUAAUAAUGAGCUCAGAGCUCUUGUUAAUAAUUCAUCUCUAAUAUGGAUUUUAUUCCAGUUCACAAACACUACACUUCACCACGUCCUAUUGUUCUCAUGUUCCCUGAACGCAUCACUAUAGACCUGAAGGGAACCUUCAUUCGUUAGCCGUUAGCCGUUAGCGGUGCUGCUAAUGCUACACACUGAUUGGAAUAUUUAGAUUUUGUUUUUACUGUGUUCUUUAAGUUAACAUUUUACGACAUGCUAUUUUCUUUUUUUAUUGUCAGACGUUUGCUGGUUUGUGCUUUAAAAAUGUGUUUUCUGCUUUUCUACAUUUUUUUUCCACAGUAAAUUUGAUAUUUUUAAAUA